GUUCAUUGACUUUUGCUGAUGGCUUGUAGUUUUUAUGCAUUAUAAUAAAUAGAUCUAAGUUCUGCAUCUGAUGCUCAAAUGGAUUCAAGAGCAGGAUCUGGGAAAUAUAGAGUGGAGAGGCAAGUCUUGGAUGAGCAGAGUCUGGAAGAGCUAACAAAGAGAAAAACACUCUCAGAAAUCCACAAACCUCUGACUGAUUGUUUAAAAGACUCCUUCAGAUGUACUCUGCCAAAACUGAAGCGAAGUGUAAUGAGCAGCUGUCCUGUGCUGUACUGGCUACCAAAGUACUCGGUGUGGGACUAUGGGAUGCCUGACCUGGUUUCAGGGAUCAGUGUGGGGAUAAUGCACCUGCCACAAGGUAUGGCAUAUGCACUACUGGCUUCUGUACCUCCUGUAUUUGGGCUCUACACAUCUCUCUAUCCAGCUUUAAUUUACUUCUUCUUCGGGACAUCACGCCAUAAUUCCAUUGGUACUUUUACUGUCCUCAGCAUCAUGGUGGGCAGUGUGACAGAGAGACUCGCUCCUGAUGAGUUUUUCUUGAAAACAAACGGGACCAAUUUAACUUUAGAAAUGGACGUAGCGGCCCGGGACGCUUACAGGGUGCAGGUGGCAGCCGUUACUACCUUCCUUGGAGGACUUAUUCAGGUGCUGUUGGGUGUUAUAAAGUUUGGCUUCGUGGGAACAUAUCUGUCUGAACCUCUGGUGCGGGCUUACACAUCAGCUGCAGCAGCACACGCUGUAGUGGCACAACUCAAGAACUUAUUUAAAGUUUCCCCGAAGCGCUUCACUGGGCCUCUGUCGCAAGUUUAUACUCUGGUGGAUCUUUGCCUCUUGCUGCCAAAAACUCAUCUUCCCACUCUGCUGGUCAGCUCUGUAACGAUCGUUCUCCUGAUUGGAGCGAAGGAGCUUAACUCAUUUCUGAGCACAAAGCUGCCGGUCCCCAUUCCUGUGGAACUCAUCACAAUUGUAGCAGCGACUCUGUUAUCAUCCACUAUACACCUAAACAACAACUACAGUGUUUCAGUUGUUGGAGAGAUCCCGAGUGGUUUAAGCGCUCCCUCUAUGCCCAACCUGAGUCUUUUUGGAGACGUUAUCGGUGACGCUUUUGCUCUGGCCAUUGUUGGUUAUGCUGUAUCUAUUUCACUUGGGAAAACAUUUGCAUUGAAGCAUGGAUACAAGGUGGACAGUAACCAGGAGCUGGUGGCGCUGGGUCUCAGUAAUGCAGUGGGAAGCUUCUUCCAGUGUUUCUCUGUCUGCUCCUCCAUGUCUCGAAGUCUCGUCCAGGAGACCACUGGAGGAAAAACUCAAAUGGCUGGAGUGGCCUCUGGUCUGAUUGUACUGGUGACGAUACUAAAACUUGGGAUGUUGUUCCAGGAGCUGCCAAAGGCCGUCCUCGCAUCGAUUGUGCUUGUGAAUUUGAAGGGCAUGUUCAAGCAGUACUCUGAUGUCAUUACACUGUGGAGGAGAAGCAAAAUCGAUCUGGUGGUUUGGUUAGUGACUUGGAUGUCAACAAUGCUGCUGAAUCUGGACCUGGGUUUGGCUGCGUCCAUUGCCUUUUCUCUGUUCACAGUUAUCUUCAGGACUCAGAUGCCUACAUACUCUGUUCUGGGAAAUGUUCCUGGUACAGAACUCUAUGUGGACAUAGAGACACACAGAGAGGCCAGAGAGGUUCCAGGUGUUACUAUUUUCCGCUCCUCUGCUACAGUUUAUUUUGCCAACGCUGAACUCUACCUGGAGGCCCUGAAAGAAAAGAGUGGGCUUGAGAUUGGUAAAAUGAUUAUUUAUAAGAGGAGGCAGGAGGCCAAACAGAGGAGAAGAGAAAGGAGAGCUGAAAGACGAGCAAAGAGGCAGGCUAAAGGAGAGAAACGGGCACAGAAAGCAGCUAAACAGCAUUCUGGGCCUCCAGAGAUCUCAGUGGAGGAAGACGAGGCUGACGACUGGAGAGACACACACGUAGACAUGACAGCUGCAGAGGAGGAGGAACAGAGCCGGGCUGAGAGGGGAAACGGGACAGUGUUUGUGAUCCCAACCACUCCCCGGACGCCCGACGGUUGCUCCAGGUGGGAGUACCUCAAAGGAGGACAUCCAGACAGCACCAGUUUGGGAUGGAUGUCGGAGCUGCAGGACGGGGACACCACCACUCUGGGCUCCAGCAGCGAGGACACUCUGAGUCGGGAUUUAGAACAGGUCUCUCUUGGGUCUCUUGGGAAGUGGACAUGGGACAUUCACUCCAUCAUCCUUGACUUGUCCACGGCUAACUUCAUUGACACUGUGGCCAUACAGACACUGACAAAUAUCUUCCGGGACUUCAGUGAGAUUGAUGUGGAUAUCUACUUCUCUGGAUGUCAAGCGUCCAUUGUAGAACAACUGGAGCGUGGUGAUUUCUUCUCGGAAACUCUAAGAAAACAACAUGUUUUUGUGUCUGUUCAUGAUGCUGUACUCUACUGCCUCAACCAUCGUGGGGCAGCAUCGCUUCCCAGAUACGACCCAACACCGGCCCUGCAGUGCGGCACAAAAUUUUAAAGGCAACAAGAUAUCAAACGAAAAGAAAAAAAUGAAUGUGAAAGAAGCUGUUAAAUUUCAUUUGGAGGUGAAUGACCAUGAGCAGAAUGAAGUUUAAACAGGUAUUAGGAACUAGCUAUAUAAAACGUACAGUGUGGUGCAGGAGUCAACGUUUAUUUCUUUGGUUUGACUUUUUUAAUCCUUUAUACUUGAUGGUUCCAAGUCUUCUGGUGGAUUUUUAGUGAUUUUUUGGACUUUGGAACUCAUGUUCUGUUUAGUAUCUGUCUAUUGGGGGAAUUGUUUUGUUUAUCAAACUCCUAACUCCAUUCAUUUUGUUCUAAUAGCCUUCAGAACUGAGAGAAUGAACCUGUGUUGUUGUUACAGAUAACACUGAACCUGUUUUAGAUUUGAUCUUUGGGCAUCUUGUUACCAGUAACCUUUCACACAUUUGUUCAUAUUUCUAAAUCUUACAAGUUUGCCAUGUUGCACAAAACGUUUAUUUUUGUACCGAUAAUAUGAUUCUUAAAUUUUAACAUUAAUCUGCAAAAAAAAAAUA